AUGAGCACGCUGGCGGAUAUCAAGGUGUUUUGUGGCUCGAGCCACCCUGAGUUGGCGCAUCUGAUCUGUAAGCGCCUGGGUGUGCCGCUCGGCCGCUCGAGUGUCUCGAAGAACGACGCCGGCGAGCUGAUGGUCCGCAUGUACGAAUCGGUCCGGGAGCAUGACGUGUACAUUAUCAACACGUCGUGCGUGACGUAUGGCAACGACGGCCAGGUCAUUUCGCCGAACACGUCGCUCAUGGAGCUGCUGAUCAUGAUCAAUGCGUGCAAGACGGCCAGCGCGCGCCGCGUGACGGCCGUGAUCCCUCACUUUUUCUACGCGCGCCAGGACAAGAAAGACAAGAGUCGUGCGCCUAUUUCGGCUCGUCUCAUCGCCAAUAUGCUCGAGACAGCUGGGUGUGACCAUGUGAUCACGAUGGACCUGCACGCAUCGCAGAUCCAGGGCUUUUUCAACGUGCCGGUCGAUAACCUGUACUCGGAGCCGGCCGCGCUGCAGUACAUGCGCGAGAUGCUCGAUAUCGACCGCGUGGUGAUUGUGUCGCCCGACGCCGGUGGCGCGAAGCGCGCUACGGCGAUCGCAGAUCAGCUGGGUGUGGACUUUGCGCUCUUCCACAAGGAGCGCAAGAAGGCGAAUGAAGUGUCGCGUAUGGUCCUCGUGGGUGAUGCGAAGGACAAGGUGGCGGUCCUGGUCGACGAUAUGGCUGACACGUGUGGCACACUUGAUCUGGCCGCGCAGCGCCUGAAGGAGAGUGGUGCUGCACGAGUAUGUGCCAUUGUGACGCACGGUAUUCUGUCCAAGCCGGCGCUCGAGCGCAUCGCCAAGAGCAGUCUCGAGUCGCUCGUCGUGACCAACACAUUGCCGCAGUCGAACAACAAGCUCCAGUGCAGCAAGAUUGAGGAGAUUGAUAUCAGCCACAUCCUGGCCGAGACCAUCCGACGGUCGCACUACGGUGAGAGUGUGAGUGUGCUGUUUAGCCAGGUGCCGUACGACACCGUGCAGCCGUACCGCCAUGGUGCCGACACGCCGUCACAUAGCCCGCCGCGCUCGGCGGCCUCGUCGCCCAUGCCGCCACAAAUGUCAGACUCGGUGCUGGACAAGCGCUUGGGCAUCCUGCACUCCGCCGACAAGGACACGCAUGCAGCCACCGUGCCGAGUCCGCUGCGCAACGUGUCGUCGGAAAAAGAUCUGUAG